GCACAUGUAAACUCAUCGAUCAAAAGGGAAUGUUUGUUUUGCUUCUCUCUGCCUUUGAGUUUCAAGCCAUCCCGAAGGUUAGACCAAACGACAGUACGAUCACUUGACGACCUGAUUUUUUAGAUUUUACAUUAUAUACAAUUAAACAAUGGCUGGCAGUGGAGAACUUUGGGUACAGUGUUUUUCCUGCUGUUUAACACAACAAGGACCAAGAACACGUAAUGGAAGACAGAGGUCACAUCAAAGGCUAAGGAUAGAUCGUAGUAUGAUAGGAGUACCUACAAAUUUUAGACAUACUGGACAUAUUAGCAGUGGAGAUCUUGAUAUGACAAGUGCACAGUUGUCAAAUAUUCAGGCACAGAUGCAAAUGAAAGGGGGCUAUGACAAUGCAUAUAGUGUUAAGGCAUGUUGAAAAUAGUUAUAAAGUACUGUUAGACUGGCCUGCAAACAAUCAUGCAACAGGACUAAGAAAAUGACUGAGUUUAUAAUACUUACAAUGUUUGUGUUCCUUAAGACAAACACAUAUGCAACUAUUUAAAAGCCUACUUAGGAAACAUUUUGAACACAUUUAACAAUCAGACAAAAUCAAGUUUUGCAAUACUGCUGUUCAUAACAGUAUGACGAAAAUUAUUAUAGUCUGUGCAAGAAUAAUUUUACACUCAAUAUUGAAACUAUAGUUACAGGGUGCAUUUAACUUUCCCAUUAAUCAAAUCUGCAUUUUCAUAGAAAGACUGGAUACUUAAUAGAAACAGAAACUGCCAUAUAAUGCGUAACAUUUUACAGGUGCAUUUUUUUUUAUAACAUACACUUAUUCUUCCAGUUAAAAAGUCGACGUUUACUGAUAUACAUAUAUUUAUAUAUAUGAUACCAUACUAACAUAUUAAUUGUUAUAUCGCACGUUAAUCAUAUUUACUUGUUUUUUGAUAUGGGUAAGAUUUUUGCAGUACUAGAUUUAUCCUUAAUAAUUAUUAGAUAAUGUUUUUAUACUUCCAAGUGAGAAUGUAAGUACUCUGUGUUAGUAGUACUUGUGUAAAAAGAAAAAAAACGAAAGAAUGUAUUUUGCAUAGUUCACCUGUGCUGACUAAUGGAUAAAUAUUUUAGCGUAUAUACGAUGAACGUCCACGUUCACAAAGCACGGCCCAUUUUUCCUAUUUCUGUAACCACCCCCGAAUAGGGUGUAUAAACCUACAUUAGGUAACUUUUGGAAUGUAGAUGUGUCAAAAAAUUGAGGGAAUGAAAAAGAUAAUUUAUACGUAUUCACCUAGUCUAUAACCAUUCUCUAUUAAACCUCGUGAAUUAUGCUAGCUAUUGUUUGUUAUAUUUUAAACAUGUAAAUUGUGAUCUCUUAGAGAUAUGGUCAUGAACCAGUGGAAAAACAUACAAAAAAAAAA